UAGUAUCCACAGCGGUGACAGCACCAACCGUAGACUCCUCGGUUUCCCUAACGGCCUAACCAAUAUCAGUAUAUAUAUUGCAUCCAACUGCAAUUUUGUUCGUAGCCUCGUACCAACUAACCGAGCCUUGGUCCCAAGCUUUCUUAUCCACAGAGAGGGAAUGGCGUCAGUAGUUCCCUGCUGCUCACCGCUGCAAAUUACUGAAUUUCGUCGGAAUAUUGGGUCGUUUCCUCGCCGGAAAGCUUUUUUCUCGAAUAGAAGGAAAAAUUGUUGGAUGAUUGCAAGGGCGAGUAUCACAGACGGCCCUGCUCUGCUCCAAGCUGCAAAACAUACCGUGGAUACCUACAUUAGAAGUGGCAUGGUGGUGGGCUUAGGAUCUGGUCAUGCUUCAAGCAUGGCCAUACAGUAUUUGGGUCGCAAAAUUCGAGAAGGAGCUUUGAAGGAUGUUAUAGGAAUACCAACGUCUGUUUCUAGUGCUAGCGAAGCAGCAAAGGCAGGAAUUCUGUUGAAUGAUUAUCAAAAUAGUUCUCAAAUUGACUUUUCAUUUAGUGAUGCUGAUAUCAUAGAAGAGGGAACACUUAUUUCUCUCAUUGGUCGGCGGAAAUUACAAGGUGGGGAGUCCAUAAUCCAAGAGAAGUCUAUCAUCAAGGAUGCUGGUGAGCUUGUUUUCAUUGUUACUGAAAAGCAAUACAAAGGAGUUCUUGAUGGUUCUAUUCCAGUCAUAGUUCAUGCUUAUAACUGGAUGGAGACUGCAGAAGAAAUUGAUGACCUGUUUCUUGGAGAUGCAGAGGAUGUGGAAGUCAGCAAAAUUCUAGGUCUAUUUUUCCUAGGAGGGGAGGAGUUUGCGAAGAAAGCUUUCAGGUCUGUGGAGGAAAGGUUUGAUGGAGCUAGUGAGAAUAACAUCAAGGAAAAGGAAGAGGUUUUGAAGGGGGAGAUUGUUCCGGAUAGGGGUCAGAAUUCUGAGGGGAAGAUGGAAGAAGUUGUUCGAGCAUUAAAUAUAGUGAGAAGACUCAAAACUCAGAAGAUUAAGAAAAGUCAAUAA